AUGCUAAGUAUUACUGUAGCAAGUUAUGUCAAAAAGAAAGACUAUGACAAUCAUGUGCUUGACUGUCCUCCGAGAUCUGCGGAUUACCUUGUUAAAAGUGCUUUUGCCGAUCUGGUGCCCACGAAGGCGGCGGUGCUACAUGAAUAUGGUUUUAACAACUGUAUGAAUCCUCGAGAAAAAUCGAUGCUUCUAGGCUUGUAUAUUGGACUUAUAACUUAUAUAGGUUGCAGCGCAUCUCACAUUCAUUCUUGGUGGGAAAAAGGUGAAUUGCCACUUGGUAUCAAAAAGGCUUAUUCUGAUGCGGGUGCAAAUAGCGGGUACUACCAAUGGUUCUUAGAAAAUGAACAUUUGUUACAGGGUCUGCAUAAAUAUGAAGGCGACAAAACUGAUAAAGAAUUGAUGGAUAAGAAUUAUGCAAUGGUCAAACCUUAUCUUUCCGAACACGAUCAAACACUUUCCUUCAAAUCUUUUCCAGAAUCGAAGCGUAACGUUAUUGUUUUAUACUUGAUUACACUCAUGGGAUAUAUACCAAAGGUUGAAUACCAAUGUUGGAUUGAUUUUGGAUAUUGUUCUUGUAAAGAGGGCUGCAAGGUCGAAGAAUUCCAUGAUGCUUACGUAUCGGGAACCGUAGUGGACUUGUUGAAAAGAAAAUGUGACAGCAGCAGUUGGCUAUCAGAAAACAGAAUAGAAAUUCAUGUACAUGGACAGCCGAGAAAGAGCGUUUAUUAUCUCAAGCAAUACGUGCUGAGCGAAUCAGUAGGUCUCAGUAAUCCUGUACGUGCGGAUUAUGGAUUUAUGAAUUGUCGCACGGAAGAUGAGAUUAGACAACUUAGACAGAUGUAUAAAAAAUUAAUCAAAACUCCCCAAUUUGAUCCACGGGAUUUGCACAAGGCCUGCUUGACGGGAAAAAUUUACAAUUAUGUCAGAUUAAUUCUUCCUAAUGAAGAGCUGAAAGCUGAUCUUUUGAGAAACCUUUAUCCUUUGAAAGAUGUGGAAUAG